GCACCAGGAAGCAGGACGUCGGAUUAGAGCGUGGACGCGUUACGUACGGACGGGCUGGGUCUGUUAUUCCGACACAGAAAUAUUUAUCUGGAGCGACUAAAGCAACAAACACUGACGACCCCAGCCUCAUUGACUGACCGUGUUGCCGAACAGUGUGUCAGGAUGUCGUACAUGAGAGCAGACAGCAGUCGGUCCCAGCCUCGGGACUUCAGCACCCUCAUCCAGACCUGUAGCUCCAACAUCCAGAAGAUCAGCCAGAACACCGGUCAAAUCAAAAAUCUCCUCUACCAACUGGGAACAGGACAGGAAAGCGCCGAACCCCAGGAGAGGCUCCAACAGCUCCAGCAUUACACCAACCAGCUGGCCAAAGAAACCAACAGACACCUGAAGGAGCUGGGAUCACUGCCUCCACCACUGUCGCCGUCAGAGCAGGUCAGUCUGCACAUGCUCAGUGGGAUCGUGAGGUGCGUGGUGUGUUAAAAAAGUAUACA